AUGACAAACACAAACAGAACAUUAGUUGACUGGCUGGACGACCUCUGCGUGCGCUUCAUCGUCAACCUGCCCAAUGAAGAACUCCAGUCGGUGGAGCGAAUAUGCUUCCAGAUCGAGGAAGCCCAGUGGUUCUACGAAGACUUCAUCCGUCCGCUCGACCCCAACAACCUGCCCUCGAUGCACCUGCGCAAGUUCUCCCAGCUCAUGUUCCAGCACUGCCCGCUCUUCUCCGCCUACUCGGAGGAGCUGCACCAGCAGGCCUACGAGCAGUUCCUCGCCUACAAGACCCGCGUCCCGGUGCGCGGCGCCAUCAUGCUCAACGAGGACAUGACACACGCGGUGCUGGUCAAGGGAUGGAAAAAGGGCGCGAAAUGGAGUUUUCCGCGCGGAAAGAUCAACAAGGAAGAGACGGAUCUCGACUGCGCCGUGCGCGAAGUCUGGGAGGAGACAGGCUACGAUCUGCGCGAGGCUGAUUUGGUCGAGCCCGACGAGCACAUGAAGAAGAUUACCGUCACGAUGCGCGAACAGAGUAUGAUGCUGUACGUCUUCCGCGGUGUACCAAUGGACACAUACUUCGAGCCGCGGACCAGGAAGGAAAUCUCCAAGAUCGACUGGUACAAGCUCACGGAUCUGCCGACCUUGAGGCGGAAGAACCAGGUGCAGCAACAACAGGGAAACGGAAAUGAUCUGAUCAAGGAGAGCAAUUUCUACAUGGUCGCGCCGUUCUUGGGGCCUCUGAGGCAAUGGAUAAAGCAGCAGCACAGGCUUGGGAGGCAGAGGCAACGGAACAGCGCGCACGUUGCUCCGGCACCCGUGCCAGGGACUGAUGACGAAGACAUUCAGAAUACGCUCUACGAGACCACGGUCAAUCAGGCAGCGCCUGUCGCCGACGCACAGGUGGCCGACAACUUUGCGGAGAUGGUGGCCCGGUUAGGUCGCGGACAUCGUCCGAGCGACUCCUUCCCCGAGGUAUCAAACGAGCAUCAGGCACCACAACAGAGUCAAGACCCGGCCGAGGCACUCAAGCGUCUCCUUAGUGUGGGCAUGCAGUCACCGCCGGUGGAGGCCCCCAGCCAACCACCACCCCAAGGAAACCCGCUCUUGGCUCUAUUCAAGCAGGGCAACAACCAGCAUGCAGGAAACCAGCAACCUCGGACGCCCUUUGAGCAGAUGAUGCCCCCGCCCAUGCAGCCGUCAAGUCCCCACGGCCAGCAUGGUCCACGACCACCGCAGAUGGGCAACAUGGGGCCUCCACCGCCCUUCUUCUCACCACAUCAAGGUAUGCCUUUCCGAGGGCAUCCAGGUCACAUGAACGGAAUGCAACCACCACCGCCACAUAUGUCGCCUCAUUUCAUGCACCAACAACCGCAGCAGCAGCAGCAGUCCAUGUUCCCACCUCAGCCUCCAAACAUGCAGCAAGCGUUUGAUCAGCACAAUCUGCGGCCCCAAUUCCAGGAGAUGGGGGAUUCACAGUUCGCAGGCGGAAACGGAAGACCAGCGAUACCAUCGGCGUCCAACUUGCCCGCACCAAAUCUCAAUGCGCAUGCACUCGGAUUGCUGAAUUCAUUCAAGAAUGAGAAUCAGCAACCUGCUUUCCCACCGUCGCCACAGACUACAAUCGCCGCUCCAUUGCACCGAAGCUCGCAAACAACACCCAGGAUACAGCACCCGCUACCUCAACACAGACCUCAUGGGCUCGUAUCGCCACAAGCACAAUUCGUCCCUAGUCCGCCGCAGUUUCAGUCACCUCCCAUCAGCUCGAGCUUCGAACCUGAACAGCCAAAGCCGAGGAACGCUCACCAAGAUUCAUUACUGAAUUUGUUUCGACCUACCCCGCCACUGGCAAGCCCUGAUACCGCACCUGCAGAGCUGUCUGCGCUCCCCACAACACCAGGCUAUGUGUCCGCGCAACCUGUCGCAGAUCCGUCUAGACAGCCCAAUGCCGCUCUUCUUGCCGUUUUCAAUGCUCCGCCUAAUAAGACCAAUAUGACGUCUGCUACUGUGAGCGGGCCAGUGAACGCGCCAGACUUCGACACCAUGAAGAAGAACAGGCAGCCGACGAACAGCAGUUCACGUGGACCCUCGCCAGCCACGAACAUGCCUUUCAUGCCUCAGCAGAUACUCAAACGUGCGCCGCAAGCUUCGCCUCAACCUGCACCACCGGCCGAGGUCUCUGGAUCACCGCGAAUUGCUUUCCAGCCCCAGAUUCUGAAGAGACCUCAACAACAGUCAAAAGCGCCAGGACCAGCAGGAGAGAAGACCACACCGCAUGCACAAGGCUUGCUAGACAUGUUCAAGGGGCCCUCACCGAAGCCUCCGCCAACCCUACCAGCAGUAUUGCCGUCUCGUUCACCUGUCCCUCAGCCCAUCUCGGGCAUGGACCGUCGCGAAUCCGUCCCCUCGGAGCAGAAGAACGCAUUGCUCUCGCUUUUCGGCAACAAACCAUCUCCAUCUCCGAAACCCCAAAUGCAGAGCUCAGUACCGCCGGCCCGAUCACCUCUCCCGCCGACUCCAAAGACGUCCAUGUCCGGCCUCGUCAGCCCUGUCAGUCCACUACCAGCGAACGGCAGUGUGAGUGCUACCAGCCCAGAAGGAAUGGCGAACAGAAGUCGCAUCAGCAGCAUCGGAGAUGGAAAAGCCCCUAGUAUCGUAAUACCGCCAAUUAGUCAUCCAGCCGACGCAGGAAUUAGUCUGGAGCAGAACGAGGGUGUCAGUCUAGCCGGGCUGGGUGCCAGUCAAGCCAGAGCAGGAAGCGCGAGCGGAGGCAAGAGUCCCGUCGAUAAGAGUUUCUUGCUGGGCUUCUUGGAAGAUGUGGCUAGACGUGGGCGCUAA